AGGGUGCCCACAAGGAAAAGAGGCCAUCUUGCUGCCCUUGGUGCUAGCACCCUGGCUGCCCCGGUGGCCAAGUGGGCUCCGUGCAGAGCCAGGCCUGGACAGGCUCCGCUGGGCUGGGUGUGUGGGAGGGACGGUGCGGUCUGAGCUGAGAGGAGUCACCAGGGGACUCUCAGGGCCUCCAGCCAGCCACAGGCAUGGCCAGGGGAGAGUGUGAGUGAGUCCAGAGCAGGGCGCCCUGCCCCCAGCAGACACAACAAGGGGCCGUCGGCUCAAGCUCCACCAGCUGAGUAUAAAUAUAAACAAUGUUGAGCCAGAGGAACCUGCUGAGGAGGCAGAAGAAAUAAAACAGCAUAUUGCAGAAGACUCAUUCUGUGCUGAUGUCCAGGUGCAAACUUCCUAUGUUGACAUACCACCAGGAAAUAGGUGGCGUUGGUCGUGAUUACAAACAGAAGCUCAGGUGCAAACCUCAAAUCUUGAACUACCAGACGAAGAGACUUUCCUCCCAUUUGAAAGUGAGGUCCAGGUACAAACCUCAGAUCUUGAAAUAUUAGAGGAGGAGACUUCAUUGCCAUCGCAAACGGAGGCCCAGGUGCAAACAUCACUUAUUGAAGUACUAGAUACGGAGAGUUUAUUCCCCAUCGAAAGUGAGCCCCUGGAGCAGACCCCAGAUCUUGACUUUCAAGACAUGCAGGUGAAGAAUUUAUUCCCAUUAUUUGUUGAAGUUGAAGUGCAAACCUCAUAUGUAGACAUACCAGCAGGGAAUAAGUGGCGUUCGACACAACUACAAGCCGAGGCCCAAGUGCAAACCUCAAAUCAUGAAUUAUUAAAGACACUUUCUUCCCUCUCACAAAAGGAAGCCCAGGUGCAAACCUCCAAACUUUCAAUAACAGAAGCAGAGGAGGUGCCUCUUUUCCCAUCACUAACCGAGGCCCAGGUGCAAACUUCAAGACUUGCAUUAACAGAAAUGGAGGAGGAGGUGGCCCCAUUCCUGGUAGAAGAAAAGCCUGUCCCCACAACUCAAAGUGAAGCUGCUGUGCAAACCUCGUAUGUGGACAUACCAGCAGGGAAUAAGUGGCGUUCGACACGGCUACAAGCUGAGGCCCAGGUACAAACGUCAAGUAUUGAGUUACUGAAGAAGCUUUCUUCCCUCUUAGUAACUGAGGCCCAGGUGCAAACGUCAAGUAUUGAGUUACUGAAGACGCUUUCUUCCCCAUCGCUAACCGAGGCCCAGGUGCAAACCUCUAAACUUGCAGUAACAGAAGCAGAGGAGGUGCCUCUUUCCUCCUCACUAACCGAGACCCAGGUGCAAACCUCUGAACUUGCAGUAACAGAAGCAGAGGAGGUGCCUCUUUCCUCCUCACUAACCGAGACCCAGGUGCAAACCUCUGAACUUGCAGUAACAGAAGCAGAGGAGGUGCCUCUUUCCCCCUCACUAACCGAGGCCCAGGUGCAAACCUCCGAACUUGCAGUAACAGAAGCAGAGGAGGAGGAAGCCCCAUUCCCAAUAGAAGAAAAGCCUCUCACCAAAACCGUAGCUGACGCUGCUGUGCAAACCUCAUAUGUGGACAUACCAGCAGGGAAUAAAUGGCUUUUGACACGGCUACAAGCUGAGGCCCAAGUGCAAACCUCAGGUAUUAAGUUACUGAAAAAGCUUUCUUCCCUCUUAGUAAACAAGGCCCAGGUGCAAACGUCAAGUAUUGAGUUACUGAAGAAGCUUUCUUCCCCAUCACUAACCGAGGCCCAGGUGCAAACCUCCAAACUUGCAGUAACGGAAGCGGAGGAGGUGCCUCUUUCCCCCUCACUGACUGAGGCCCAGGUGCAAACCUCCAAACUUGCAGUAACAGAAGCAGAGGAGGAGGAAGCCCCAUUCCCAAUAGAAGAAAAGCCUCUCACCCAAACCGUAGCUGACGCUGCUGUGCAAAUCUCAUAUGUGGACAUACAGGUAGGGAAUAAGUGGCGCUUGUCACGGCUACAAGCUGAGGCUCAGGUACAAACGUCAAGUAUUGAGUUACUAAAGAAGCUUUCUUCCCUCUUAGUAACUGAGGCCCAGGUGCAAACGUCAAGUAUUGAGUUACUGAAGACGCUUUCUUCCCCAUCACUAACCGAGGCCCAGGUGCAAACCUCCAAACUUGCAGUAGCAGAAGCAGAGGAGGUGCCUCUUUCCCCCUCACUAACCGUGGCCCAGGUGCAAACCUCCAAACUUGCAGUAACGGAAGUGGAGGAGAUGCCUCUUUCCCUCUCACUAACUCAGGUCGAGAUGCAAACCUCCAAACUUGCAGAAGCAGAAGCAAAGAUGACCUUUCCUUCCCCAUCACAAACUGAGGUUCACAUCCAGUCUUCGUAUUUUGAAGUACCAGAGUUGGAGGAUGAGAUGCCCAGAACCCCAAUCAAAGAGAAGCCUCUCCCCCUAACACUGAUGGAGGCCCAGGUGCAAACUUCGUAUGUAGACAUACCAGCAGGGAAUAAGUGGCGUUCGUCAUGA